AUGGGCAUUGGUAAAAGUGGAAGAGUGAAAGACUCGGAUCUUGGACCCGACCACGUAUAUAUCCUAGAAAAAAAAAAUAACCCAACGGAGUUGCGUCUCCCUGCCUCCCCAUCGGAGCGGGCAGCCCCGGCUCGAGCUCCCGUGCCCGAGGCGCCCCGCCGCACCGCGCAGCAGCUCCCGCCGCCGGUCGCCUUCCGUCGCAGAUCCCUGCUGCGAGUCCCCGUCGCCCCGUUCUGGAUCGGGUCAGCCGAGCAGGGCGUUCGCCUCGCCUCGCUCCUGGAUCGAGAUCCAGGUCAAGCGCCUCGCCCGAUCCCCGCGUUGACCAGCCGCGCCAGGCCAGCCACAGCCUCCCGCAUCGGCCGCCCGAGCCCUCAGCCGGCCUGUCCUCCUCUCUGUGCCACAGGACUCAGCCGGCCUCGCCAGUUCCUGCUCGCCGAAGCUGAAUGGGUAUUGAUAGACAAGAUGUCCGCAUUGUGUGCCAUUUCAACUUGCCUAAGUCAAUGGAAUCUUUUUACCAGGAGUCCGGACGCGCUGGUCGUGACCAACAACCUUCUAGGAGUGUUUUGUAUUAUGGUUAGAGGACCGAAGAAUGCAGCAGUAGAAAACAACAGCCACCUUCUUCUUCAACUGAGCUUUCAGAGAAGGCCCUAGCCGACUUUAGUGAGAUAGUUGAUUAUUGUGAGAGUUCUACCUGCCGACGGAAAAAGAUUAUUGAGAGUUUUGGAGAAAAGGUACAACCAACUUUAUGCCAACGCACAUGCAAUG